UAUUAAAUUACAGGUGUUAUCUAAACCUUCUUUGAUUUGCUGUGUAUCGUGGUGUAUUUCAUUUUAAACUUAAGGAUUUUGUAAUAACUCCAACAAUUAAGUGUCAAGCGAAGUUGUAAAGAAUGUCAAACGUCACUUCAAAGUCAAUGUCAAAGAAAUUCUGUGAAAAAAAUGAAGAAAAAGGUAAUUGCUGCAAAUACUGCGACAAAGUAUUUCGUUUUCCUUCAAAGCUUGUUAUUCACUUGAGAACACAUACUGGAGAAAAACUUUUUCAAUGCGAUAUUUGUGACAAAUCAUUUACAAUAAAUGGUAGCUUAAGACGUCACCAAAAAGUCCACACUGGUGAGAACCCAUACACGUGCAAUAUUUGUGACAAACCGUUUACUACAACUAAUAGAUUAAACACUCACCAAAGAAUUCACACUGGUGAGAAGCCUUACAAAUGCGCCUUUUGUGACAAAUCUUUUUCUGAAAGUGGUAGCUUAAGAUGCCACCAAAGGGUCCACACUGGUGAGAAGCCAUACAAAUGCGACAUUUGUGAAAGGACGUUUUCUGAAAAUGGUAGCUUAAGAAGCCACCAGAGAGUUCACACUGGUGAGAAGCCAUACAAAUGCGACAUCUGUGACAAAUCGUUUGUUCAACAAUGUCAUUUAAGAAGGCACCAAAGGGUUCACACUGGUGAGAAGCCUUACAAAUGCGACAUUUGUGAAAAAUCUUUUGUUCAAAGUGGUAACCUAAAAACCCACCAAAGGGUUCACACUGGUGAGAAGCCAUACAAGUGCGACAUUUGUGGAAAAUCGUUUUCUGAUGGCAGCAUCUUAAGAAGUCAUCAAAGAACCCACACUGGUGAGAAGCUACACAAAUGCAACAUUUGUAAAAAAUGUUUCGGUGAAAAUAGUAAAUUAAGAAGACACCAACGAGUUCACAUUGGUGAAAAGCCAUACAAAUGCGACAUUUGUGAAAUAUCGUUUGUUCAAAGUUGUAACUUAAGAAGGCAUCAAGGAAUUCAUGGUGAGAAGCCAUGUUAAUGCAAAACUAGUAUGAAAAAUCUUAAAUAUCGAGAAAAUAUGAACAGCAGUAAAAGAUGCAUUUACCCGAAACCAAGACAAGAAUAUACUGCAGUUUUACCAGCUAAAUUCAUCCUGUACUUUUCUAACCACUACCUUACCUUAUUUUGUUUUUCUGCCAAAUGUUCAUGUAAUGGUGUGGUGACGGUUUUUGUUACAAGCUUAAUAUGUUGUUACAUUUUUAAUAUUUGUUUUGUUAAUUCAAUGUGAAAUUAGUUUUAUUUUUUGUUGGUUUUAAUAUUUUAUU